AUGACUAGAGCGGGGAUUGAGUUCGUGGUUGGAAAACUUGCUAAUAUCACGUUGCAGUCUGAUUUGUUAGAAAGAAUCAAAACAGCCCAGCGGAGCGAUCCUAAACUACAGGAGUUUAAGGAAAGGCUUGAAGCUGGGUCAACAAAGGACUUUUCAAUUUCAUUAGAUGAAUUAUUACGGUACAAGGACAGGGUUUGUGCAGUAGCCGAUAAAGGUAUCAGACAGGAGAUUCUAGAAAAGUCUCAUACCACACCAUAUUCUUUACAUCCGGGAACAACUAAAAUGUAUCAUGAUGUAAAAGCCUUGUAUUGGUGGUUAGGCAUGAAAGGUGACAUUGUGAGUAUUUAUCAAAGUACUAUUGGCAUGGAACCGUAUGAAAUGCUUUAUAGAAGAAAGUGUUGUUCACCCAUUCAUUGGGAUGAAGCCAGUGAACGGAGGUACCUUGGACCUGAUGCAGUCCAAAGAACAAGUGAGGCUAUUAAGAAAAUUCAGGCUCGUAUGCUUGCCUCACAGAGUAAACAAAAGAGCUAUGCUGAUCCAAAGCGUAGAAAUAUUGAAUUCCAGGUUGGAGAUUUUGUCUUCCUUCAAGUGUCCCUAAUGAAGGGAAUUCAGAGGUUUGGAAAGAAGAGAAAAUUGAGUCCCAGAUUUAUUGGCCCAUCUGAGAUUCUAGAAAGGGUUUGUCAGGUAACCUAUCGGCUAGCCCUACCCCUACAUUAUCUGGAGUCCAUAAUGUGUUCCACAUCUCGAUGCUUCAAAAAUGUGUCUGACAUGACUCAUGUCCUAACCUAUGAAGAUAUCGAGCUUCAGACAGAUCUUUCAUACGAAGAACAACCAACUCAGAUUCUAGAUAGGAAGGAAAAUGUGUUGUGGAACAAGACUAUUCUGCUAGUUGAAGUGCUAUGGAGGAAUGGCAAGGUUGAAGAAGCGACUUGGGAGUUAGAGUCGUAG